UCGAAAUUGACAAUGUUUCAGUAAGACAUAUUUUUUAUAAAAAAGUAGUAUCUAAACAUAAUUAUUUUAUUAAUAUGACUUAUACAAAACCCGAAUGGUAUACUCCCGCCGAAGUAGCGGUACAUAAUAAGGCGACAGAUUGUUGGAUUUCUUUAAACGGAGUAGUUAGAGACCUUACUUCAUGGUUGCAAGAUCAGUUCAAGCUCUGUAAAUGCAUUAAAAACUGCACGUGUCCAGUCAAAAACUGGUACUGUGGCCCCGAGUGCGUGGAGUAUUGCAAUUGCUUUAAGUUUGGCUACGAGUUUUGUGAUCGCAAGAGACUAGCCAUAACAAUAUUAGCCUAUGCUGGCAAGGACAUCAGCCAUUGGUUCAAGGGAGAGGAAUGGGUCCAUUACACCCAUCCAAUAACGGGCACCACUACAGUGUACCAACAGCAUGGACCUGGAAACCAACAACCAGUGGUACCUUCAACUCGCUGGCGUCCACUAACCAGACCUUGGUGGUUAGAUAGCUCCAAUGUAGUUGGGAAAGUCACCGCGAAGACCAGGCCCAUUAGAAUCACAAACACGUUGACUGGUUCGUCUGUAACCCUUGAAGUAUGUUCUGAGGAGACAAUCUAUCAGAUCAUGAUGCGAUACCUUCCCCACAAUUCCCAUAUGCUGUCCUACACGUGGCGGUACUUGGGGAGACCUUUAUGCUAUGAGUGGACCUUACAUCAGAACGGAAUCCCGGAUGAGAGAGACCGCUUUGAAAAAGUCGCCUUGCCAGAUAACCUACAUAUACCAGAUCUUUUGCUCUAUUACAAUGACGAUUUAACGGAAGAUCCACCAAAAGAAAAUUGCUUAUGUACUGAAAAGGAGUGCACUUUUGAUGUACCAGAAAAAUGUCAGGAAGAUUUCUUUCUAUAACUUUUAUACUAAUUUACUGUACUAAAACACGUUAUUAAAAUUAUUACUCAAUCUUAAA